GCAAAUGCAAUAGUGGCUAACCAAGUCUUGAGCACCGUCUCUCUAUUUUAUGAUCACAAAAUGAUAAGGCACGAGACAAUUAACUUAUCUACUCCCUCCAUUUUCUUUAAAUACUGCUCGCUCCGUUUCAAAUUAUAAAUUAUUUUAUUAAAUUUAGAUAUAUAUUUUUUUGCUAUGUAUCUGAAUAUGAUAUUUAUUUAGAUGAAUAACAAAAAACUAUGUAUGUUAAUUUGUUAAAAUAAUCUACAAUUCGAAACGGAAAAAGCACCGAGAACCGAACUGUGUUUUCGUUUUGCUCGUGCGACCUCUGCGACAGCCGGGCACAGUGAUACAACCAGAGUUGCGUUGCCACAGAAUAGCAACCAGAACAAUAUUAUUCUAAUCGAGGAGGACAGCCAUUGAACAGCAGUCUUUGCGGCCAAAAGAAAAGGGUGGAGAAGCGAGGAGGAAAAGGGAGGCAAGAAACCACGGAGCGUCUUCUCUUCCUCCUCCCGUCUAUAAAUUCCCCUCCCUUUCUCCUUCCAUAUAUAGGAGGCAUCGACGCCAAGAAGAGGGAGGAGCACCAAGGACUUCCGGCGCCUGUUCAGGAUCUACAUCUUCCCGAGCGAGUUCUUGGUUGAUCUCUUCCUCUUCGACCACCUCCAAGGCCCUUGGUGUAGCUUGCCACUCUCGCCAGUCAAGUUUUCAUGUCUGAUCUUGACAUUCAGAUCCCAACUGCCUUCGAUCCCUUUGCUGAGGCCAAUGCUGGGGACUCUGGUGCGGCAGCAGGAUCAAAGGACUACGUUCAUGUACGCAGCCAGCAGCGUAAUGGUCGCAAGAGUCUGACUACUGUCCAGGGAUUGAAGAAGGAAUUCAGCUACAGCAAGAUCCUAAAAGAUCUCAAGAAAGAGUUCUGCUGCAAUGGUACAGUGGUUCAGGACCCAGAGCUUGGACAGGUCAUUCAACUCCAGGGUGAUCAGAGGAAGAACGUCUCAAAUUUCCUUGUCCAGGCCGGCAUUGUGAAGAAGGAACAUAUCAAGAUUCAUGGUUUCUGAGCAACCGUCGGGUCUAUAGCAAGCCCUGCAUGCAAAGCAGCUAUAUAUCCGGGGUGGAGCAUAUCCGGCUGUGUAAAAGCAGGCCUACGCCUGUGCGUUCUACUAUACACAUAAAACCUAGCCACCUCUCUGCUUGUAUGCUUGUUACCAUUGUGUCCAAACCUGUACGAGGCACCAUCGUUCGAUGGCUUGCUUCUCUAUCAGAAGUUUGAAUAAAUGUUAUUUCGCUAUGCUGUGUGUCA